AGCGCGCGAAAGAUAAAAAAUGAUUAAUUCAGAACUAGAACAAGCGGGAGGGAGAGAAAGGUAGCUAGCUAAAUGCAGAUCAAUAACACCAUUUAAUAACAUUAGCCAUACAACAUUUUACACCGAUAUUCGUGCCUUAUGGUUGGAAAUAAUUGAGCACGGUACGGAAGUCUUGGUUUCCCGGUUUUAAUGAAGGUACACAUAAAAGGCGGAUAAAGUCAAGAUGAGUCUUGUGGUCCAUCAACAACAGGCAGUGGAGCUCCCUUCCGAGGUCCCAGUAGCCGAGAGUGAUUCAGACAGUGGAAUGGGCUCACCAGUGGAGGAGAUGCAGAUGGCUUCUGAGAUGAUUACCAAUACUGUCGACCUGCAAGAUUCGGAUGAUGACAUCACAGUAAACCGGCGGUCCCGUUGUCGGAAGGCCUUGAGAGACAGUGACUGCGAGGAGGAGGUGCAUGAGAUGGCAGAAGCUCUGGUCCUAUCAGCAUCCAGCGGAGAUGAGAUGGAGACUGCUGAGGAAGAGGUAAAAAAGGCUAAACUAAAGAGCAAGAAGAUAUCACGAAUAGCCCCUAUCGACAGUGACGAGAGCGCGCCGGAGGAGGAAGAGCUGGUAAAAAAGGAUGUGAAACAGAAGAAGGAAGGGAAGAAGAGGGAGAAGAGCCAGCGACACCAAGAGAAGAAAGAGAAGCGCAGCAAGGCUGUGGAGCGACUGAAGAAGAAAGAGAGACCUGAGGAUACCCCUUUGCCCCAUACUCUGAAUGACAGCGGCUGUCUCCUUGGUGACAAUGACCUGUAUGAUGCUGGUCUGGAUGAUGAUGAUGAAGAGGAAGAGUCUCUGGACGCCAUCAGAGCAGCAGUAAAGCAGAAAGCCAAGAAGCACAAAGAGCCUUUAUUUGAUGAUGAUGAUGAUGAGGAGGGAGAUGAAGUGACUGGACCGAAACAGCGUCCCCAGGAAAGGAAGGCAGCUCGAGCCAGCAAGGAGGCCAUGAAGCAGCUGCACAGUGAGACCCAGAGGCUGGUCCGAGAAUCCACAUGCGGGCUGCCCUAUCACAUGCCUGAGCCUAAGAGCAUCGACCAGUUCUUCAAGAGGAGAGCCCGACCUGAAGGUUCUGCUAUGGCACUACUGAAGUCUGCCAAGUAUCAGGACUUGAUAAAGGAGGCAACCCCAGCACCACCUCAACCCGAGGAGCCCCAACAGUCCCCAGCCUCCCUGGACCCAACCUCCACCCAGACCCAGGCUCUCCCCCAGCCAACGGCCACCUCCACACACCAGAAGAACCACAGCAGGGCAGGUGAGACCUCUCCAACCCCGGAGCCCGACGACGAUGAAUCCCCACUACCUGAACUGGCCGCCAUUAUGCAGGGGGCCAAUAUUUCAGGGUUGGAUGGUGCUGAAAUUCCACCACCAGAGUCUAUGGAGGCUGAACCUCUAGAGCAGAACCAGGCAGAGGCCUCGGACUCCCAAGCCCAGGAGAUGGAGGUGAAAGCAGGGGAUGGGUAUGUCGCUCAGCCCCUACCUGCUCCAGCUAGUGUGGAGCCCGUAGCACAACCAGUCACCAAACCCAAGAAGGACAGGCUGGCCAGACUGAGGGAGUUGGGGGUGGAGCCCCCACCUGUUUCUAAACUGUGUGCUGACGAUGGGUCCUUCGAUCUGGAGCCCCUUCAGGUUAACCCAGGCGUGGAGGCGCUGAAGGAGCGGUAUCUACGUCACGUCCAGCCCGUGGCCCGGCCAAGAGGGGAACGCACCGUGCAGCUCAGCGUCAUCCGGAAAGACAGCGGCGAGGAGCUCCACCAAGACUUUGUCACCACCACCAUCAAAGAGGGGGAGGAGGAGGCUGCACACACCGCUCCUGGUGAGAAGCUGACCAACCUGAAGUCCCGUCUGCAGCAGGCCAUGGCCGUAAAGAGACGGGAGGAUAGAGAACGGAAGGCCGCCCUCUAUCGCCUAGACAACGAGGACUGUGGCGAGGAAGAGGAGGAAGAGGAAAUGACGGAUUCCGAGGGGGAAGAGGGCAUAGAUGAGCUACUGGGGGGUGGUGAUGGUGAGGAAGAUGAUGAAGAUGAGGGCAGCGUGGCCCAGAGCAGUGUGAGGAGCCCCUCCCCGUUAAGGUUAAAAGGUCCCUCUCCCCCACCAGACCUGCUCAACACAGAUGGAACACUCAUGCUGUUUGCCAACAGCUCCUGCUCGCGCACCGGAGAUGGUGUAAAGAGGACAGAGCCUGGUGGUCAAGACGGUUACACAAAGAUGGAGGAGGAAGAUUCUCUGUCCCUGGCCAAGGACAACAGUCACAACAGUAGUUUUGAGCUGCUGGGCUCCAUGCUGCCUUCUUACCAGCCUGUCAACCGCAGCACCACAGGAGGCAGAGGCCUGUCAGCCAGCACCUUCCGCUCCCCCUCACCCUGCUUCUUCAGACCCAGCUUCCUGGGAUCUGCCUCCAAGAGCUCAGGGAAACUCUCCGAGCCCUCCCUCUCGUUGCCCGUGGAGGACUCCCAGGACCUGUACACUCCCCACUCACCCGGCGAGUCUUCUGGCCCCCUGGGGGCCCCGUCGCAGGGACGCUUCUCCGUGGAGGACGACUCCCAGCUCCUGGACGCCGACGGCUUCCUCAACGUGGGGCCCCGUACCGGCCCCCCACACUCCCACAAGAGACAGCUCAUACUGGACAGCCUGGAUGAGAACGCUAUGGACGCUAACAUGGGGGAGCUGUUAGGAAUGUGCUCUGGGGGGUUCGGGACGGCCAGAGAAGGCGGCGUGGGGGGGCUUGGGGCCUCGCAGGAGCAUGAAUUGUUAGGGCUGUGUUCGGGAGUGUUCUCUACCACACAGAAGGGGGGAGCGGAGGAGAGGAAGCGAGAGGGAGGAGGGCUAGGGGCAACGCAAGAGGAUGAGCUGCUGGGGCUGUGUUCGGGAGUGUUCCCUACCGCACAGGCAGAAAGGGAGAAGGAGGGAGCGGAAGGGAGGAAGAGGGAGGAGGAGAAGAUGGAGUUAGAAAUGGACAGAGAUGAUGACAUGGAUCAGCUGCUUGGCCUCUGCUCUGGGAAGUUUACUACUCAAGGUGUCUCCCAAUUGCGAUCCAACUCGAGCCCCGCCCCACACUCUUCAACUGCUGAAGACAGUAGUAAGAAGCUGGUGGAGGAAGAGGAGGAGGAAGAAGAGGAUUGCGAGUUUCUACUUCUGUCAGACGUGGAGAGCCAGAGUGAGCAGGAGGACAAUGAUGAGGAUGGAGAGAACGAGGUAGAGGAGGAGAGGGAGGCUGUGUUUGCACCCCGUCAAGGAAAGAAGAAAAUGCGCAUGGCAGAGUUUGUGGACUCUGAGGCUGAGCUCUCGGGUAGUGACGUGGGCAGUGAGGAUGAGGAUGACGGUGAGAAUGAAUAUGAGGAAGAGGAGCUGCUGGACGAGCUGCCGUCUGAUGAAGAACUGCAGGACCAGGUCAACAAGAUCCACAUGAAACAGGUCCUUGACGACGACAAGCGGCGACUGCGGCUGUACCAGGAGCGUUACCUCGCCGACGGGGACCUGCACUCAGACGGCCCGGGCAGAGCUCGCCGCUUCCGCUGGAAGAACAUCGACGAUGCCUUUGACAUGGAUGGCGUGGAGGGGGGGGAGGAGGAGGAGGAGGAGGAGGAAGAGCUAGACCAGGCAGAGCUGCAGAGGAGGAAAGAGAGGCUGGAAAGGGAGCAGUGGCUACGAGAACAGUCUGACGCUAAGGCCAAGAAAGGGGAGGACUUUGACGUGGACGAGGAAGAGGAGGACAAGAUUGGAGAGGAGGACAGCCAGUUCAUGAAGCUGGCCAAGAAACUGACUGUCAAGAAACUAAGGAAGAAAGAGCUGCCUCAUGCACACCAGGCGGAGAAGAAAGCCCCAACUCAUAACCCCUUCCAGAGACCCUCUCAUCCCACCAUGGUGAAGAGGGGCUCAUUGCUCAGCCAGCCCCGCUCCAUGCUGCAGAAGCUGGCCUGCAUCUCCGAGGGGAACCCUCUAGCCCCCCGCAACACCCGAGGGUUUGUCUUCCAAAGCCUGUCGCCAGAGAAAGAGGCCUCUGCUGCAGAGGCCCCCAAAAAACAGAUGAAGAAGAGGGGACAAAUAGAGGUUUUGGCCCCGGCUGCUAAGCGGCCAUGUUGGGAAAACGCGCCAACAUCCAAAGGACCACAAAGAAGUAUCUUCUGUUACCUGGAGAACUGAGGUGCCUGACAUUGUGCCUGUUGUGCCAAUUACACUCACAACAUCCAGAAUGUGUACUACCACAACAUUCACACUUUCUCCCAGGGCCACAUUGGCUCUUUUUGGACAACACCUGACUACUUAAUUUGUGUCCUGAAAAAUGUUUUUAUAAUGUAAAUAGAAUGGGUUAAUGUUUACAUUUUUUGGGGUGAUUAAAUGUAUUUGUUUUAAGUUUGUAAAUUAAAUCAUAUUUUAACACAUGCUC